AUGGCCAGCGACGGCGCCCUGGACGCCGUCGUCGCUGGAGCCCCCACCCUGGGUGGGAACUCGCGGCGGCGGCCUGUGGCGACGCUGGCGAGCGGCUACUCGGUCUUCGCGGCGCUCAUGGCACACAGCGAGGUGUCGCAGAAGGAGUACCGCGGGAGCGACGCUCGCACCCUGGCGGUGGUCGACGUCGCUGCGGGGACAGGGCGUCCUCGGUCGUCGGCGAGCGUGGACUGCCAGGAAGAGGCGAUCGCUGACAUUGGUGCGAAGCCGUCCCGCUCGGACAAGUGGUGCGUGGCCUACCAGUUGAAGGACGCAGGCGUCGGCGCGCGGGAGCACGAGACGCAGGGCAAGAUCGUCGAGACUCGGGGCUCGACAAGCCAGGUGGACACCGUCGUGGGCGAUGAGAUCGUCACAAAUCGUCUAUCGGAGGGCGCUGCCCAUCGAGCACCACUGGGACAAUCCCCGACACGAGCAGGGAGCAACAGCAGACCUGCGCCAAGUAGCCCUUGGAUGAGGCACAGGCCCUCUUGGCAAGGGGGCCAGUCCCCAAGCAGCGCGCGCCCAGGGCUACUCGACUGCCUGACCACGAGGGUACGCCCGCGUGCGCGGGGAGUUGCAGGUCUUCUCGGCUUGCGGGGGCGGCGAGCCCCAGGCGCUGGCGCCUUUGAAUUCCGACUUCGCCUCGCCCCCCUCGGCGGGCGCACAGCCGCGCCCUCUCGAGGAAUUCCUCGGACGGACCGGCCGCUCUCUUUGCAGAGCUUUUCUAGACAGCGAGGUUUUGCCAAGUCGACUUGCUGCAGAGCGGAAGGUUAG